CGACACAACAAUGCUGGCCGUUGCUAGAGAGAUGAAUUUAUCUGAAUCGUCUUUCGUAGUCAAGUCACGCGUAGCAGAUUAUGGAGCAAGGUACUGGACGACGGUUGCUGAAAUUCCCAUGGCGGGGCAUCCCACAGUGGCAACUAUCUACGCUCUGAUUCAGGCUGGGCGGAUCGAAAUCCACACUGAGCACCAACAGAUCACAUUGGAGUUGAGAGUAGGUAUAAUUCCAAUCGAUAUCUAUUCGACAAAGGAUGGAAAAGUUGAGAAGAUCAUGAUGACUCAGAAGCAACCAGAAUUUCUAUCCAUUCACAACCCAUCUAUCAUCUGUCCACUGUUCAAUUUGACUCCUGAUGAUAUACUGGAAGGAGUUCCAAUCCAAACGGUAUCGACUGGCACGCCACAGGUGAUGUUUCCGCUCAAGUCCGAAGCAAGCUUGAGGAAAGUGCGCAUUGCCGAGCCCGAAGCGUACACUCAGUACAGGACGCAAUCCGACUUCUUCUCGCCUCAUUUCUUUAUUUGCGUAGGCAUCUCUGAAGGCGCCUCGACGUUUGCAAGGCACUUUAUGCCUCCACCCAACCUGUCCGAAGACCCUGCUACUGGGUCCGCUACUGGAGGAAUGAGUGCUUACUGCACCAAGUACAAGCUGUUGGACAAGAAAAAAUUCAUUGCAGAGCAGGGACAUUGGAUAAGUCGCCCUAGUAAAAUCCAUGUAGAGGUAGAAAAGGAUACAGGAGGCGAGACUAAGUAUGUCAAAAUUGGAGGGCAAGCGGUCCUAGUGCUUAAGGGAGAGCUGUUAUUGUAGGAAGUUGUUCCAUUACCAGUAGGGUACAUUUACCUUGAAUUCUUUUAUGAGCUUGAUAAACGUAUGAACCUUCUCUUUGAAGCUAUGAGUGUUUUCAGUGAAGUAUACAGCAAUGUGCGGCCCUGAAAUCAAAGUGGAUCUAACUGCGCGCAUGCCCGAGUUUCUUGAAAGGCAGUCGAUUUGUCCGUAAUUUGUGGAGCCAUAUUCCCUUCGGCUAUGGACUUGUGGUAAAUCUACAAUUGAUGAGAACAUAUUAAGCGAGGAUUAUUCAACUUAGAAGUGAGGAAAAG